AAAAGUUGCCUUCUCUCUGCAAAGGUUCCAGGGACACGUCAGACCCGAGCGGCUCCAGUCUUUGCUCCUCCUGAAGCCCCUGUGUUUGGCACCGACAGUCGCCGACCCCCCCAUAGCCUUUGUUCUUUCACUGGAUUCUCUGGAUUUUAUUGCAGGAGAAGAAGAGGGAGGAUCAUUUGUUCCUUUUUCAUUAAGAAAAUUGUGCGCAAAAAAAAAUAAGAAAAAACGCCCAACGGAUCCAGCAAACACUGAUCGCCCGACUUUGUCGCUGCAACGAUUUCUUCCGCGGAUUGUGCUCCCUGAUCAAACACGAGCAUGAUGUCUUAUCUCAAGCAACCGCCAUACGCCGUGAAUGGGCUCAGCCUGACCGCCUCCGGGAUGGAUUUGUUGCACCAGUCGGUGGGAUAUCCCGCGACCCCCAGGAAACAGAGGAGGGAAAGGACCACUUUUACCAGGGCCCAACUGGAUAUCCUUGAAGCACUUUUUGCCAAAACUCGUUACCCUGAUAUCUUCAUGAGAGAAGAAGUGGCUCUAAAAAUCAACCUACCUGAGUCCAGAGUCCAGGUCUGGUUCAAAAACCGCAGAGCAAAGUGCCGGCAGCAGCAACAGCAGCAGCAGAAUGGAGGCCAAAACAAAGUGAGACCUUCUAAGAAGAAGACCUCUCCUGUUAGAGAAGUGAGCUCGGAGAGUGGCACCAGCGGCCAAUUCAGCCCACCUAGCAGCACGUCUGUUCCAGUCAUCUCAAGCAGCACAGCUCCUGUGUCCAUCUGGAGCCCGGCCUCCGUCUCUCCUCUGUCCGACCCCCUGUCCACAUCAUCUUCAUGUAUGCAGAGGUCCUACCCUAUGACCUACACGCAGGCAUCAGGGUACAGCCAAGGAUAUGCAGGCUCAACAUCCUACUUUGGGGGUAUGGACUGUGGAUCUUACUUGAGCCCUAUGCAUCAUCAACUCUCUGGACCUGGAGCUACUCUAAGCCCAAUGGGCACCAAUGCAGUGACAAGUCACCUUAACCAGUCCCCAGUUGCCCUCUCCUCACAGGCCUAUGGAGCUUCUAGCUUGGGUUUUAAUUCCACUGACUGCCUGGAUUACAAAGACCAAACUGCCUCCUGGAAGCUGAACUUCAAUGCUGACUGCUUGGAUUAUAAAGACCAAACCUCAUCUUGGAAAUUCCAGGUUUUGUGAAGAACUUUCCUCUCUCUCUCUCUGUGUCAGGUGGAGAACUUUGCUGAGACAUUCCUAGCAAUGGCCAAACCUCAUCUUGGAAGUUCCAGGUUUUGUUAAGAACGUUCUCUCUCUCUGUGUCAGGUGAAGAACUUUCCUGAGACAUGACCAGCUCGGGCCAAACCUCAUCUUGGAAGUUCCAGGUUUUAUGAAGAACUUUCCCUCUCUCUCUGUGUCAGGUGGAGAACUUUGCUGAGACAUUCCUAGCAAUGGCCAAACCUCAUCUUGGAAGUUCCAGGUUUUGUUAAGAACGUUCUCUCUCUCUGUGUCAGGUGGAGAACUUUGCUGAGACAUAUCCAGCUCUGGCCAAGUCUGGUUGGAAGAAGCAAUAAGCAAAACAACACAAAGACCAUUUAUUUUACCCACACAGAACCCUGGUCUAAGCUCUGGACUAGAUCUGAAGACCUCUCCAUGCAAUGGAAAAAAGGACAUUUUUUAUCCAGUGACCAAGAGCCACACUAAGUCCUUAUCUUGUUACAUUUUAGCAGGUGGAUAAAAGAUGGAGAAGAAAUCAGUCCAACACAGGAGCACAGGACCCAUAAGCUAUGGACCAGGCUGUAGAGCAAUUUGGGGUUGGUUUAUGUGUGUAUGUUGGCUGGAGACUCAAACUCUGCUCUUUCAUGGCUAAGAAAGAACAUUUCAGGAUCUGAGUGAAUUGUGCAACGGAUUGUCCAAGAUGCACUAUUUUAUUUAAAGAAAACAAAUUAAUAAUGUUUAUAAGAAUCCAUUAUGUAGUUUUUAAAACAAGACAAAAAAAAAGACAAUCAAUGUGUGUCUUCUAUCAAUGGUAAAUCUGUGGUUUUUUAUCUGUGCUAGACUUCAAAACUGUGAUCUCUUGUAUUGUAUGCAACUGUGAACUCCACACCAGGAGGGGGGUCGUACUGUGAUUUAAUAACAGGUUUAUUAUUAGCAGGAAGAUUCAGGAUUUAGCGCAAAACCGAUGCCCUUUAAUCUUAUUCCGAGCGAGCGCAUGGGCCUGUGCGCAACUGUGCGCAAUUGUGCGCAACUGCAGUUCAACCUUUCUUUUCCUCGACCGAUUCCUCUUGAGUUUAUUUUAUAUUCGAACCAACGCAGUUACGCAGGGACUGGAAGCCGCAAUGUAGAAAAGAACAGGACAAAUGAUUAUUAUUUAAUAACUAAAAGCCUUUUUUUGUUUUGUUUUGUCACUGACCUUGAUUUAAUUGCAACAAGAAUGCGUUUUUGCUUUGCCUUUGUGAAUUAAGAUAUAAAUAUAUAUUUAUACAACACACAGCCAUAAACCUUUUCCCCUGGAUCUGGCAAAUAUGUAUAAAAAAAUAUUAAAUGACUCUAGCACAAA